AUGGCCUCAAGAACAUCUAGCGAUGGCCCUCCACCCGGAGGCGGCCGACAAUGGACCAAGUCAUUGAUCAACAAGAUCCCGAGACGAGGGAUUAAGAUAAUCAGUCAACAUGCCCCCGAAACCAGCACCUCCGACCUCGACCUGCAUCUCAGAUCUCCAGAUAGCCACACCACGAAUCCUUUAGAAAGCCAAGAAACCCAAAUCCGACAACUCCAGACCAUUCUUCAACGGAUGCCUCGCAACUUUCCUACUACGCCCAACCACGUCGACUCAGCUUACAAAGAUUUCACAAAAUACAAGGAGCAAUGUGCUACGCUAUGCCGCCAUAUUCUCACAGACGAACUCGGUCGUGGUUCUCGUAAUGGUGGCGAUCUCCCCCGCCGUGACUCAACCGUAGAGUCACCGCAAAGUCCUGGCCAGAUCUACGACACCAGGAGUUCCUUCAGUGGGAGAAGUCUAGCCGAGGUUGUCUCUGGGAGUGUUGGAAAGAGCAUACACCACACUGAUGCCUGGCUGUCCUCUGUGCGCGACUGGAAGAACUACCUCGAGUCCCUUGCCGAUGCAUGCCGGACGAGUCUGAUUGAGACCUACAAGAACAACGAGCGCGAUGCAACGCCGGAACAGGUGGAAGCCCUGUUCACGAAUAAGCGUUUUCGAAAGGAGGCUGUGCAGCGAAUGCGCAAUGCCAGUGUAACCCGGGUCAUGUCGGCAGAUCCCCAAUUCUUUCCAAAAUAUGAAAUGCGCUUUUACGAUUACGAGAGAAUCAAGCAGGAGUUGAACGAAAUCAGACAACUUCUACAGACAGGAGAGUCUGGCAUUUCGCCUGACCGGACCAUCAAAGAGUUUGCAAUCUCACAGCGCGGCGAUGCUAUACUAGAGUUUGCCAACAAUGCGCCUGGAUGUAACCACAGCGAUCCAGCACUACGUUUUCGAGUCUCGUCUUACAUGCUUGCAGAGACGUCACCUAUCUUUGCGCGCAUGUUUGCAGGGCACUCUAGCAGUCUUCACCUAUACGACGAUGACGAUAUAUCGACACUGCUUCCGUUACCCCCAACGAAAUAUUUUUGUAAGGAUGGCUCCGAAGCUAAGCUUUACCGUAUGCCCCAGAUUGAGUUGAACCACCUGGGUUCUCUGGAGAUUCUGUUACACGCAGCACACAUGCAUAACGAAAUGGUUCCACGAGAAAUCGAGUUCGAGCAGUUUGUUGCUAUCGCUGAGUGUUGCAUGCGAUACAAGAGUACUUCGCCUUUAGAACUCAUCGUUGAACAUCGAUGGCUGCCACAAUGGAUGCACAAGGGUGCUGAUGACAUGCCUGAUGGGCUCUUGGUGAUCAGCUACGCAUUUGGACUCCGUCGACUAUUUUCGCGCAUGUCGAAGACUACUAUUCUGAACCUUGUGGAUGAGAAAGAGUUAUUAGCUAAACCCUGGCCACAGAAAAUUAAGGAUAAAAUCUGGGCUGUUCGUUGCGCAAAGAUGGCACAAAUCCACGAGUGUUGCGUUAGUACUAUCCGAGAAUACAUGCGGGAACCAACACACAAUACGUUGGAAGGUUCGGAAGAGCUUUCACUGGAUACGCGAGCCAGCUUUUCGUCGGACAGUUUACCACCGACGAUGCUGACGAGUACACCGAGAUGUCCCAAGGGCAGCCAUUGGUGUGACGCCACGAACCUCGGAUGGCUGAUGCUACUCUACAAUGAGAUGAACCUUCUGCCUCAUAUUAUGGCACCUGAUGUUUUAUCUCACUUACCCAGGACACAGCCACAGUCGAAGAGUUUGGCGCAGAUCAUGGAUGCCUUGAGAAGGAUUCCCGCGCCGCCAACACCCAUUCAUCGAGGCGUGUGUGAUCCUGGGCCCAUGUUUCGCUCUGCUAUCAGCGAUAUCUACAACAGUGUGCUGGGCCUGACGCUCUUCGACAUCAGUGGGAAGAGCCACGGUUGGGGACUCUCGAAGCACAGAGAACGAGAACCUCAAACCCAGCUCAACAAAGGCCUUGAUCGGAUGGCUGCACCUGACCCGAACUACAGUGUUGCUACCGAGUUCCCCGAGAUUGUUCGUCUCCGCAUCUUAUGUCAGCUGGAUGAAAUCGACGAUCUUCACACAGCAGCCAUGAUCAACCGCGCAUACUACGAGACCUACAAGAAGCAUGAACUGUAUCUGAUGAGAAACAUUCUCCGCAUGGAUCGCAAACGAACAGCGACUCGCAGCCACAUACCAAUCGGCCCUACCACCAAUGAAGAGAAGGUUCUUAGGGAUGAAUCGGAAGUGUUGAAGCGCACGCCAGCGGAUACUGCAGACGGCAUCACUCUUCACAGCGUCGUUGAAACAGAAGGAGACUACACAGACUCCGACUCGGACAGUGAUAGUCUUUACUCAACUUCAGUGACUCGAUCAGCUGCUACUACAAGCACAACCACCCGGGGCCGUGAUUACCAAGGAUCGUCAGACCCUGCGCGGAUCACGGACAGCCCCGCACGGAUACCACGGGCCCGGACCGGGACACCCACAUCAAGAUCCACUGGCAUCGGAUCUCCGACGACCCCUCGGCAGGCCGUAUUUGACCCACCACCGCCUCCGACCACGGCACCACCACCGAUAACCACAAUCGACGAACCUCCUCUCACAGUCGAGGAAGCAAACCGAAUUCUUUGGCCAGAAGACGCCAUCCGAGCUUCCGAGUCACCGUUACCAAUAGGCCCAACAGGCAUAGAAGGCAUUCGCGAAAAGUUCCGCGCCGGUGAUCCCGCGUUUGAUGCGGGCCUUGAAGAGAAAACUCUUGUGCCGACUGGCGAAAAGCAGUUGCGGAGUGAACAUGACAGACAGGUUGGACUACUGAAAGGUGGUGAUCCUUCAACUUUCAGCACCAUCGUGUACCAUACACGGGAUGAGCCAUGGAGCAAUGCAGAAAAGUUUACAAACCAUGGAUUGGAACUUAACCCGGAGCACUACACUUGGGCUCAUGGUGUCGGUACCGUCAUACUCAAGACCAAGCGCUCCCCCAACAAAAGACCCAACACAAAAGGCAACAAGAAUAUGAGCGAGCUGGUACUAAAGAACGUCGUCUUUGCGCCAAACUACAUCUGCAAUGUCAUCGGCGGGAAUAUCUCACAGGAUGGCUACGUGGCCAGAGUUGGCCCCGGUAGUGUUAAGAGCGAAGGCGAGAUACGUGACAAUAAGGGAUUCCAGGUCGCACACUUCCGACAUAACAGGAACACCAUGCAGCAAAUCGAAGUCAGAAUAUGGGGCCCUCCAUCGGGUCGAGAGCUAAAGGAGAGAUCAGCAUUCCCCACGCGCAUCAGACUCGACUUACCAUACUUCAAACACGACAUACAGGCCAAAUGGCCAACCGACGAGAGAUGUCGCUUCGAGAGGUACAGGUCAACUCGUAUCCCUUCUGUUAACAUUGGGAAAAAGCCCUGGUCGGAGGAAGAGUUACAGAGGCUCAGGAACGAGGGCAUACAUUUCGACGAAGAGGUCGAGAGGGCUAUAAUUCAUCAUGACAAGGAAAACCCCGCGGGUGCUGGGAGUCUCAGAACUCGUAAAAUUGCCACGAUUUUGAGAGGAAAGUACCGCACGCAGUGGUUGAAGAACCCGUUCCAGGAUCACUUUGACACUCAUAAGAGAUUCCCUGAAGCGUUGAAAUGCGGCCGGGGGUUUUCCUUCGCCCAGAACGGUUUUGUGAAUCAAGUGUGGGGUGAUGCCAAGGGGUUUAUGACUAUGUACGGGUACAGGUAUGAAGUUGAUGAUGAGUGGUUGGAGGUUUCUGGCGACGAGAAGUGGGAAGACGAGGACGAGGACGAGGAUGAGGAUGAGAGUGCGUGGGAAGACACGGAUGAGGACAUGUUCAUUCGAAGUGAUGUAGUUACUUUCAUUGUCCAGAAGGACGAUAAUAGCGUUGAAGUUUGUGGCUUACAGCCUUAUGCCAAGGGUGAGGGCGAGUCAGUGGAAAAGGAGGCUGACCCGUAG